AUGGCGACGCUCGGGCUCGACGAUGACGAGCUCAAAUCCGUCGAGCAGAUGGUCUCGAGAAUCUCACAGCUCUCCAGCAGCAUCAACAGCUUGAAGCACGACCUGCUGAGAUCCGCACCGCUCCCUCCUCCAUCCUCAUUCCAGGCCUCGGCCCAGAUCCUACAGCGCAACCUCCAGACCAUCCUCGACAGCAUCACCGAGAACUCGGAGCUGUUCAGCCAGAUGGCCCUCCACCCGUCGACCAACUACCCCGGCCGCACGCAGGAGGGCCUCCUCUCGACGCUGCUGCGGAGCAAGCUCGAGCCGCAGAUGGAGGAGCGCGUGUCGCAGGGCCUCGAGACGGCGCACCGGGCCACGCCCGAGGGCAUCGCCGUCCUGCAGGAGGUGUGGGACGAGUGCCGGCGGUGGACGCAGCAGCGCAUCGCCGAGUACGUGUCCGAGGAGGCCGACGAUGUGUACACCAAGCAGGAGAGGGACGCGGGCGUGGAGAAUGUGCGGACGGGCCUGCGGAGGGAGCUCGAGGAGGACGAGAGCGACGACGAUGAGGAGGGGGAGGAUGAGGACGAGGCCGACGAUAGGACGAGGGGGUCGCAGCAGCAGCAGGGUGCGCCGCCGGUUACGCGGGGGCCGGAGCCAGAGACGUUGUUGUGGUUUGCUGCGCGGGGGGACUUUUCGGUGCCGCCGAAUAUCGAGUUUGAGCGCAAGGUGGAUGUGUAUCGAGGGCUGCAGGGCGUGAGCAUACCGCCUGAGCCGAUGCAGCAAGGCUGA